AUGGCCUUGCGGAGCCUCACGAUCUCGUCGAAGGCGUCCUUCUCGCUGAGGACGUCGGACGCGUCGAGCGGCGCCGUGCACAUGAUGCUCAGCAUGCCGUCGGCCUCCUCGAUCUUCGGCGUCCGCUCCACGGACGUCGCGCCGCCCAUGGCGCAGGGCUACGCGGCGUCGGCCGCGCCGCCGGCGGUCGAAGACACCAUGAAGCGCGAGGCCGCGCCGGAGCCCGUCGCCAUGGCGCACAUCGUCGGCGAGGUCAUCAAGAGCGACGGCGAGGGCGCCUUCGUCCUCCAGGGCCGCUGGGCCUUCGAGGAGCACAAUCUCGACUCGCGGCACGCGCUGCAGGCGGUUUACAACAUGAUCCCGCAGCCGCAGAGCGCCACGGACGGCACCUCCUACAUCUUCAAGGGCGGGCGCGCCGCGGCGUUCCAGAACUACGUCCCCGAGGGCGAGGCGGAGACGAAGGACGCGGGGGGCUUCGUCGUCGACAGCAUGACCCUGUUCUUCAAGAAGAAGGGCCCGAAGCGCUACGACGUCGCGGGCGUCGGCCGCUCCGAGUUCGUCGACUACGAGGUCCGCGGGACGCAGGAGGGCAAGACGCUGCGGCUCGCGCGCUACGCGACGCGGCCCCCGAAGAAGCCCCGGCCCGCGCGGCAGGCCAAGGCCAAGCUCGCGCCGCCGCCGGCGGCCGCCGCGCCGCCGGCCGCCGAGGCGCCGCGCGACAUCGCGGACCUCCGCAGCGCCCUCGAGGCGCACGCCGCCGCGGCGCCGCUGCCCGCCCGGGCCAAGGCCGCGGUGGCGCCGGCCGCGCCGGCGCCGCGGCCCGCGCCGCGCGACUUCAACGCGAAAGGCGGCGCGGCGUUCCCGGCGGCGCUCUACGACGCCGUCGACUCGAACGGCGGCGUGGCCGACGGGGACGUCGUGGGCUGGAGCGAGGACGGCGACGCGUUCGUCGUCCGGAACAUCGGGCGCUUCUGCGACGAGGUGCUGCCCUCGCGCUUCGGCCUCGACCGCUGGAAAUUCCAGUCCUUCUACGACAAGCUGCACAACCGCGGCUUCAAGCGCGUCGAGGGCCUCAUGUACUCCUACUCGCACGAGCACUUCCGGCGCGGCAAGCCGGGCCUGCUCCAGUCCAUCAAGGUCAUCAAAGGCAUCAAAGGGAAGCGCCCGAAGGCGGUCGACGCGGCGCCGCCGGCCGCCGAGCGGCCGCGGCCCGCGAAGCAGGCGCGGCGCGCGGCCGCGGCCGCGGUCGAGGCCGCGGCGCCCGUCGAGGCCGCGGCGCCCGCGGCGCCCGUCGACCGCGCGGCCCUCGCGCAGCUCCACGAGUGGCUCGCGGGCGCGACGAGCGAGGACCUCGAGGCGCACCUCAAGGCGCACCUCGACGGCGCGAGCGCGCCGGGCUCGGACGUCGUCGACGCCUUCAUCGGGCUCGUCGACGCGCUCGACGAGUCGAGGGACCUCAAGCGCGGCUACGAGGUCGCGCUCAACAACGACGUCUGCCGCCAGCUCCUGGAGACGGACGCCGCGCCGCCGCCGGCCGAGCCGGAGGACGCGCCGAUGGCCGAGGAGGACGCGCCGCCGGCCGAGGACGGCGCCGCGCCGCCGGCCGAGGACGCGCCGCCGCCGCCGGCCGAGGACGCCGCGCCGCCGGCCGAGCCGGAGGACGCGCCGAUGGCCGAGGAGGACGCGCCGCCGGCCGAGGACGCCGCGCCGCCGCCGGCCGAGGACGACGCGCCGCCGCCGGCCGAGGAGGACGCGCAACUUUUCAAGGAGAUCGAGCCACGCGUCUUCUAUCCGCCGACGUUCUUUGCUCUGCGCGAUGCGCCGCCGCCGGCCGAGCCGGAGGACGACGAGCCCUCGACGGAGGUGCCCUGGACGGAGGCGGCCGCCGCGCCGGCGGCGGCCGAGGAGAGCCCGCUCCGGGCCAUCCGGUCCGCGUGCUCGGACCUCCAGGCGCAGCUCGGCGCCAUGAUCGCGUCCUUCGACGACUUGGACGCCGCGCCCCUGACGCUGUCCCUCUAG